AUGGUGGACAUUGUCAAGGACUUUCGCGUGAAUUUGCUUGGGCUGGACGGGAACCAGGAUGAAAUUUUUGAAAAGCUCAAGACUGGCAUCCUCCUUGCUAUUCCUCUGCUCGAGAAUCCGGCCGGUUGGAAACAGCAAGAUCCUUAUGAGAUUUUGAUUGUUUGUGACAGUCCGGCUGCGUACAAAUCUUUUUCUCGCCACACGGAAGAAAAGCAUGUUCACUGGGCUACAGUACCAGAUCUGGUGCUUGCCACAAAUGUUAUUGCGGAGACAGCCAAGGCCAUGGCCGAUUCUCUGGAUAAGCAUUGGGACGAGUAUUACAGUCAACGGGGCAACAACGACCAUUUCGAUCUAUCCAGAAUCAUGAACAAUCAAGAAGUCAAACUCAUUAAGAUUCAUCUCGGAAUGCUUUACCGAGAUGAAUCUGCCAAGUACAUCCCGGACCCGUGGUUGAUGGCGUUGAAAGCUGCCGCAAAUUGGUCCGCCUUUGCCUACCCACGACACCACGACAAGUACUUGAAAUUGGCGCCUGCUUGCGACGACGAUGACUCUACCAACACCAAGAGCCUGCCGGUGGUCUCCUUCCUUUCCAGUGAGGUUAUAAACCAAAGAUUCCGGGAGGAUAUGCUGCGGCGCAGGGAAGCAGAGGUGGAGGGAAUGAGCUUGAACAUUGGUUCUGAUGAUGACGAUUCCGUUUCAACGCUUCGAGACGAGGAUGUUGCUGCCGGGAGCUAG